UGACACAUCAAAGUGCAUUCUGGUUGCUGCGAAAAAUGGCGGCUGUGGAAACGAAGCCCGUUGAGUUGAAAGAAAAUUUCACUAACAACGAGGAAAAGGUUGCGGUUGACGAUGAAAAUAUCGACGCAAAUGUUCCAGAUGAUAAAAAAAAGAAAAAGAAGCCGAAGAGACCCAAGAAAUCUGCUGCAGAGAAAGCUGAAGCCGCAGCACUAAGGGAGGCCCUUGCAGAAAAGGAAGCCGCCGAAAAAGCAUUGAAAAUUGCUACUAAAGAGGCGGAAAAGCUGAAAAAACAGCAAGAGGAAUCUAUUGCGGCAGAAGAUGAAGAUGAAGACGAGGAAGGAGGUGCGGAUGCUCAAAAAAAGAAAAAGAAGAAGCGAAACAAGAAGAAGGCAGAAGUGGGCGGAAAAUUGGUCGCCCCUUCGGUGCCCAUUGCUGAGCAGUUCAAGGAUUCAACGUUCCCUGAGGGAGAAAUAAUGCAAUAUCCAGAUGCGACUACAGCCAAAGACCGUUUUACCAGUGAAGAAAAGCAAGCUCUAGAUCGAAUGCAUUUGGAUAUCUACAACGAACUACGACAGGCGGCCGAGGCUCAUCGACAGACCCGUCAGUACAUGCAAAAAUGGAUCAAGCCGGGGAUGACAAUGAUAGAAAUUUGCGAAGAACUUGAAAGCACUGCUAGGAGGUUAAUCGGUGAGAAAGGUUUAGACGCGGGUUUGGCUUUUCCAACGGGAUGUUCAAGGAAUCAUUGUGCAGCUCACUAUACUCCAAAUGCUGGAGACCCAACUGUUUUGGAAUUUGACGAUGUGACAAAAAUUGACUUUGGCACUCACAUCAAGGGACGAAUCAUUGACUGUGCAUUCACACUUUCUUUCAAUCCGAAAUACGAUAAAUUGCUGGAAGCUGUAAAAGAUGCAACAAACACCGGCAUCCGAGAGGCUGGAAUUGAUGUGAGGUUAUGCGACAUUGGUGCUGCUAUCCAAGAAGUGAUGGAGUCGUAUGAAGUUGAAUUGGAAGGCAAAACCUAUCAGGUGAAAAGUAUUCGAAAUUUAAAUGGCCAUUCGAUCAGUCCUUAUCGUAUACAUUCGGGGAAAACUGUGCCGAUUGUAAAGGGUGGUGAAACGACCCGCAUGGAGGAAAAUGAGUUUUAUGCCAUUGAAACGUUCGGUUCGACCGGUCGCGGAAUGGUACAUGAUGACAUGGAUUGUUCGCAUUAUAUGAAGAAUUUCGAUGCACCAUUUGUGCCACUACGUCUGAACUCGUCAAAGCAGUUGCUCGGAUUGAUCAAUAAGAAUUUUGGAACAUUGGCCUUCUGCAAGCGGUGGCUUGAUCGUGCCGGUGCCACUAAAUAUCAGAUGGCACUGAAGGAUCUUUGUGACAAGGGUGUGGUUGAAGCCUAUCCUCCGCUGUGUGAUGUUAAGGGGUGCUACACUGCGCAGUAUGAGCACACGAUUAUGCUGCGUCCCACAUGCAAAGAGGUUGUUUCACGCGGCGACGAUUACUGAAUUCGAUUUGGGAAAACUUACGGCACAACAGUGAAAUUUACAACACAGUUCGCUAGUAAUCGGAGCAGGAUAGUACCGUUUCCGACAUUCGAAUUAGGUUUGUUUCGUUUGUGUUUUUUGGAACCAGUGUCCUUUUUGAUUAUCCAAUUGAAACGGAGAAAUCGAUUAUUGAAAAUAUUACUGAUGUAUGCGUUGAUA